AUGAGUUGUGAACAGUGCCAAUCUGACGAAGAAGAAUUUGAGAAUUCUGCAGAUAUUCAGAAAGUUAAAAAGGGCGGUAUUUAUACUAUUGGAGGUGUGCUCACGAAUACCAAAAAGCAGUUAUGCACUAUCAAAGGAAUUAGUGAAGCCAAAGUAGAUAAAUUAAAGGGCAACGGGUUCCUAACUGCACUAGAAUAUGGUGAAAAAAGAAGGAGAGUUUUCAAGAUUUCUACUGGUAGCAACGAAUUAGAGGAACGUUGUAUCCUAAUCAAUCUGGGUCUUACACAAUUUGAGAAAAUUUAUAAGUUAUGUGUAGAAGCGAUACACCGGCCCGAUCGUCUAAGAACGAUUGCUAAUAGAUUUGACUUAGAUGAAAACGAAGUUCUCACCAACAUAGCCUACAGGAGAGUAUAUAAUAGUGAGCAUUUAGCAACCUCGAUUAUUGAAGCAGCUGGGGAAUUUUACGAAGAACGCAAAAUUUAUAAAUUGUUGAUAAUUGAUUCUUUAACGCAUCCAUUUCGUACGGACUUUUGUGGAAGGGGAGAAUUGGCUGAUCGGCAGCAAAAACUCGGUCAAGUUUUAUCUAAGCUACAAAAAGUAGCAGAAGAUGGUUUCGGAUCCGGGCGUCCUGACAGAGCGGAAAAUGAAGCAAUGUUUGCAAUAACAGAAGGGGGUGUCGCUGAUGCUAAAGAAUAA